AUGGUAGAGCCGGUCUCUGAGGCGACCGCGGCGGUAGCGGAAGGAGAGUUCGGGCUUUUCGUGACCGGCCUGCGUGCGGUGGGACAGAGAGGGUCGCGAUGUCAGAGAAAAAGCAGCCGGUAGACUUGGGUCUCCUGGAGGAGGAUGACGAGUUCGAGGAGUUCCCCGCGGAAGACUGGGCUGGUUUAGAUGAAGAUGAAGAUGCGCAUGUCUGGGAGGAUAAUUGGGAUGAUGACAAUGUAGAGGAUGACUUUUCCAAUCAGUUACGUGCUGAAUUAGAAAAACAUGGUUAUAAGAUGGAAACUUCAUAACAUCCAGAAGAAAGUGUUGAUGCCACCUAAGUUUGAACUGUUACCUUAAUUCUAGGACAAAGAACCCAGGAUGAAACACUUUUUAAAAAUUGUUUAUUUCAUUACUUGCUUGGAUUAAUUUUUGUUUUUGUAACACAAAAUAAAUGUUUUGAUCUAAUCUUCA